GCCGCUGACUAACUGCAGGCACCAAAACCAGAUGUUGUAUAUAACACACGAGGACUGGAGAAUGUGGAAACACUCAUAUUUUACAGCAUUUUUGAUGCUUGAUGUAAUCCAACGAUAACACAGUUGUUUGGAUUAGUGCAAGUACUAUCGUAUACAUGGAUUCUAAAACUGAAAGGAGGAUUCUAGCCGUGAAGAGGAAAGCUAGACCCGAGCUGAAGGAUGAGAAUGCUUGGACAAAGAUGAACUGUUUGAAAAACUUUGAUGCAAGUUUGACCAGUGUAAAUGAUAACAUUGAUCGCAUUGAUUGUAACAAGAUCUCACGAUCAGAGUUUGUUGAACGAUAUGAGAGACCACGAAAACCAGUUGUUCUAACUCAUGCUAUUGACCAUUGGCAAGCCUCAAGAAAAUGGACUCUUGAGAGACUGGCAAGGAAAUUUAGACAUCAGAAAUUUAAAGUUGGUGAGGAUGAUGAUGGCUAUGCUGUCAAGAUGAAAAUGAAAUAUUAUUCAGAAUAUAUACAGCAUAAUAAAGACGACAGCCCACUGUAUAUAUUUGAUAGCUCAUUUGGAGAGCACCCAGUCAAGAAAAAGCUUCUGGAGGAAUAUGAGGUGCCACGUUUUUUUGCAGAUGACCUAUUUCGAUAUGCUGGUGAAAAAAGGAGGCCUCCAUAUAGGUGGUUUGUGAUGGGCCCAGCACGGUCAGGGACUGGCAUCCAUAUUGACCCCUUAGGUACAAGUGCCUGGAAUAGUGUGGUUAGUGGACACAAGCGCUGGGCCAUGUUCCCAACUUUUGUGCCUCAAGAAAUGCUGAAAGUACCGUCCAGCGAAGGAGGGAAGCAACGAGACGAAGCUAUCACCUGGUUUACUCAUGUCUACCCCAAAACCCAGCUGUCUUCUUGGCCAGAAGAAUAUAAACCUGUUGAAGUCCUGCAGGGCCCUGGUGAAACUGUGUUUGUUCCUGGUGGAUGGUGGCAUGUUGUGGUAAACCUUGACGCUGCCAUUGCUGUCACACAAAACUUCUCCUCUCCGGUCAAUUUCCCUAUUGUUUGGCACAAGACUGUAAGAGGGAGGCCAAAGCUGUCCAAGAAGUGGCUAAAAAGGUUAAAGAAACAGCGCCCAGAAAUCUACAAGAUGGCACAGCAGGUUAACUUAGACGAGCCAACAGGUGUUGCAUCAGACUCCUCAUCAUCAGGCUCCUCAUCCUCAUCCUCGUCAUCAUCUUGUGAGGGUGAUUCCUCUAGUGUGGAUUCAUCAGACAAUGAGGAUACUGGAUGCAAGGAGAAGGAGAACACUCUUGAGCGAGGCCAGACUCACCAUAGAAAAAGGCAAAGGAACGACCCACCAUCCUCCAGUAAACGGAGAAGCACUAGCCGAUCUCCCAAGCGAUGCAGAUGACAAUGGGAUGUUUAGUAAUACUGUUAAAAUGCUAGUUAAUGACAAGUUUCCUGUAUUACAUAGGAAGUCUUACAUAGCAUAAACACCUUUUUGCCAUCAUUCUAAUAUAUUUUUGUACUCACUCGAGAGGAAAUUAAUGUACAAAGAAAGCAAGGAAAAAAUGUAUUAUGUAGAUGAUAGUAAUUUGCAAGCGUGUACCCAGGAUUGGCUGAGAGGGGUUCACACUACUUUUUAAUUAUAUGGAAAAGGAUAUUAUUUGAAGAUUCCUUAAAGAAUGUCGAUCAACCACUUUUUUGUUUUUGUUAUCAUUGAAAAUACACAGGUUUAUUUGCAAAGAAACUUCAAAAUAACAAUCUAAGAAUUAAGUCUGAUACAUUAUUGACAAUAUUUGAUUGAAAAUAUCAUGGUUAGUCGCUUGGAUUAGCAGAUGGAAAUGGAUUCUCUGUGUGACUCGGCAUUGAGCAGGAGCAUAAAAUGGUGGCAUGAUUGGCCUUCUUUAAUAAGAAAUGACCCAUUUUUAGGCUUCCAAGGAGGGGUGUCUGUGCAUCCCCCUGUCUACACGCCUGUUUCUUUAGUAGAAAUCUCACACUCCAGGCUAAUGGGUCUCCAUCACACCUUAGCCAUGCUGGUCACUUCAUGCUAGGUAGUGCUUAAGCUGCAGUAAUGGGCUAAAAAACCUAGCAAGUCCAGAACAGAGAAGACUAAGCUUAUAGCUUAGUCUUCAUCUAAUUAUUAUAGUCACAAUUAUUUUGUGAUAGUUUAUGUUGUGAGUCCCAUAUUAUUAAAAAAAAAAUGAAAUUGUU